AUGAGCUAUCGAUCUCCACUUCCAGACAGGAUACACAAUGUACGUUACGAGCACGACAUAUAUUACGCUAUACAGUUAUCCCGGUGGAUCCUGCAGUCGAUUGGUAUUUGGCACAUAAUUUACGGUCGCCCAUCGCAAAGCGAGAAGCUCCUUUCGUUAAUGCUGAUCUUCGUGAGUUUCUUCAGUCUGUGCUUUGUGCUUGUACCUGCCGGUUCGUACUUUCUAUUCUACGACGAGAAUAUUGAAAUUAAAAUCAAGUUUCUUGGACCGGUUAGCUUCUGUCUAACUUCCGUGAUCAAAUAUUGCUUCCUCGGAACGCGUAUCUCGACGAUCGGAAGAUGUAUCGAACACGUUGAGAGCGAUUGGCGGAUAGUGCGAUAUCAGAAUCAUCGCAGAAUGAUGUUGAGGAACGUGCUGGUGGGCCGCAGAAUAACGACGCUGUGCGUGAUCUUUCUUUACGGUAGCGGCUUGUUUUAUCACACGAUCUUGCCAUUGUCUCUCAGAACGAAGAUAAAUGGUACUUUGACAAGUAAACCGCUGCUUUAUCCGGGAUAUAAUCUCUAUGUCGAUUCUCAAGCAAGUCCUAUUUACGAGAUCAUCUUUGGCAUGCACUGCUUUUCCGCUAUGAUACAGUAUAGCGCUACGACAGCAGUGUGCAGUCUGGCCGCGAACUUUGCGACGCACGCAUGUGGACAGGUGCAGAUAUUGGUGACGCUUUUGGAUGAUCUAGUCAGUGGGAAGGGGUCUGAAGGUACCGAUGUGGAGAAACGUCUGAGCUUCAUAACGAAGCAUCACGUGCGUGUGCUGAGAUUUACUACUGACGUGGAGAAAGUAUUACGUGAAGUAUGCUUAGUGGAACUGGUGACCGCAACCUUGAUGAUAUGCUUGCUCGAGUAUUUUUUCUUAACGGAAUGGGAGAAUAGCGACGCCGUGGGCAUCAUGUCGUAUAUUUUAUUACUUAUAGCUUUAACGUUCAACGUUCUAAUAUUUUGUUAUAUCGGCGAACUUCUCGUAGAAGAGUUUGGCAAAAUCGGCUCAGCCGCGUAUGAAGUUAAUUGGUAUGAUUUAUCCGGCCAUAAGGCUAUGGAUCUUAUUAUGAUUAUAAUGAAGUCUUAUUAUCCACCCAAGCUUACAGCUGGCAAAUUCUGUGAUUUAUCUCUCAAUACUUUUAGUGCGUCGCGAGAAACGGAACGGUGCGUAACGUCCGCGUUUCAGUCAUCGUUGCGCUUGGCGGGCGACAGCAUGCGCGAUCGAUUCCAACUUACAGGAAGAACGCUCAAGAUGUACAAUAUACACCAUAAGUACGACAUACGCUACACAAUGCAGCUGUGCCGCUGGGUGCUAAAACCGAUCGGCAUGUGGCACCCGAUCUAUGGUCAUCCAUCGCAGAAUGAGAAGUUCAUCUCGAUAAUAUUGAUCGUCGUAUGCUUCUCCGCUCUAUGUUUCGUCCUGAUACCUGCCGGAUUUUAUACUUUAUUUCGCGAGAAGGACAUCAAUAUUAAAGUCAAGCUUUUCGGUCCGGUCGGCUUCUGCCUGACUAACACGAUCAAAUAUUGUUACUUUGGUGCGCGCGCUGCGGCGUUCGGAAGAUGUAUUCGACAUGUCGAGGACGAUUGGCGGAUCGUGCAGCAUCAAACUCGCGAGAUAAUGCUGAAGAAAGUGCUGAUAGGACGCAAACUCACCACGCUGUGUGCGAUUUUCCUUUACACCGGUGGAUUGUCCUACCAUAUAAUAAUGCCGUUAUCUUCCAGACAGGAAAUUAACGAGAACUACACGAUUAGAAUACACACUUAUCCCGGUUACGAUAUGUUUUUCGAUCCCGGAGCCAGUCCUGCUUAUGAGAUCGUGUUCUGUAUUCAUUGCCUAUUCGCGAUGAUCACGUAUCACAUCACGACGGCAUCCUGUAGCUUGGCAGCGAUUUUUGUGACGCACGCGUGCGGGCAAAUACAUAUACUAAUGUUGUUGUUGGACGAUUUGGUUGAAGGAAAAUGGAGCAAGAACACCACCGUGAAAACACGUUUGAGCGCGAUAGCGAAACAUCAUGUACGAAUACUGAGAUUUUCGGCCAGCGUGGAGGAAGUGCUGCGCGAAAUAUGUUUACUGGAACUGCUGACUUCCACCUUGACUAUAUGUUUGCUCGAAUAUUAUUGCCUAACGUAUAGCAAAAUUGGUGCCGCCGCCUAUGAAAUCAAUUGGUAUAAUUUAUCUGGGAAUAAAGCUCUCGAACUUGUGCUGAUCAUCGCAAUGUCUCAUUAUCCGCCUAAACUUACAGCUGGCAAAUUUAUCGAUUUAUCUAUGAACACAUUUGGUGCUCUCAAAAGUUUUCAUUUCAUGCCAAAAGAAUAA